AACCAGAUACAAUUAAGAAGAGUCAUGAAGAGGUUCGCUGUUGUCGGUACGCAUUGGACAUUCGGUUUACCUUGAACAAAAUUCAAUAUAUGGAACAGUUUGGUAAGGAAGCGAUUUAGUGUUGUUUUUAGAUUACAAAUGAAAGCAAUGUCAUCGAGGUUUGUGUUUGCGAUAGUAGUGUGUUUAGCUGCCGUGAUUUAUGCAGCACCACAAGUCAACUAUCCGGUAGGAGUACGACCCGAAGCCGUUCCUGUUCGGGAUGACCACGAGCAACAAGAUAGCGUGAAUACUAGUGUCCUUGCAAAGAAGAGCGAACGAGAGCAGCAUGAUGAAACCCUAGAGGAAAUCCAGGCCAAAUCCGCCCAAUAUUCUUACGACUCUUCAAUUAACGAUUCAAUUAACGAUCAGACCGUGACACGACAGGAAACACGCGAUGGGUUAGCAUUGAAAGGAAUGUACGCGUACAGUGACGGUUUCUAUAAGCGCGAAGUUCAUUACGUUGCUGACGACAAAGGAUACCGGGUAGUGAAGGAAAUAACAAUCCCAAUCGGAGAUGGACCCCGGGUAGACCCCAACGGAAAAGCGAACGUGUCAUCGUCUCUAUCCGGAUCAUACUCGAUCACAGCCGAUGAUAUCGCAAGGCCGGCGAAGAAAAUAGCCAAGAAAGUUGAAAAUAACUAGUUCUAGUUUAAUGUGUUUUAUGUAAUGUAUCAAAACCGGAAUACGUUGAAUAAAUGUUUAUGAUCGAACACA